UAUGUCUGCACGUGCUUUUGAGGUUAAGCCUCAGUUGUGGACUGCUGCUGAUGGUGUCUGUGAUUAUUGGUUUUUAUAAGUUUUUGGUGAAAAAAAUAUAGUUGAUCGUGUGUACAAAUAGUUACUGUGCAAAAAAUGGCAGUCAUGGAUGAUAUUGAUAUUUGUCUGAACAUAAAAGGGGCGGAUGAAAGCAGCAAAAAGUCCACGACGAUUAAGAAUAGUAACGUUAAAAUUAAGAGAGUCAAGGAGACUGGUGCAGUGAAAAAGCCUUUUCAGAAAAAACAGUCAAUCGACUCUUCGAAAAGCCUCCUAGUUGGGGCCAAAAAGAGAAUAAAACAGAAAAAUCUGGCUGCUAUUGUGGCUAAACAAUCAGCUAACUCAUCAGAGCAGUCAAUAUUAAAGAAGCCUACUUUUAAUUUCAACAAUCUGAUUAAAAACAAAAAAGCUAAUGAUAACAAAAAAGUCAGCUUUUCUCAGAGUAAAGAUAAAGAGUCGAGUGAGCCUCUUGUUAAAUUCACAAAGCCUACUGCAGAGAGUAUUGGCCAAACUAUUUUGGCUAAAAAGAGAAAAGUUGAUGGCACUGAGCCAAAAAAGUCUCUUUCCAGUAUAUUUAAAUUCGGUUCAUCUGACAAAAAACUUGAAGCAGACACUAAAUUGCUUAAACCUAUCUCUCAUACAGAUGAAAGUAAUCAAAAAGCUGUUAAUACUGACAAAAUAUUUACCUUUCAAAGUGAUGCUGUACACUCUGAAAAAACAAAUAAUCUUGGAAAAAAGUUUAAAAAGCUGAAAGAUAAAAUUGAAAAAAAUAAAAAUGUCAAAAAGGAUUUCAAAGCAGCUAAUUCACAUUCUCGACCAAGUAAUAAGAUAUCCUCGCUCUUUGGCAACAACCCAGAAGUUCCAAAUAUAGGCCAGAGGCUUGUAAAGCCAGUCAACGAGAAAGUAUUCACUAUAGAAAAGUUUAGUGAACUAGGCAUUCAUGCCUAUGCAGUAUCUAAUUUGGAACAGAACAUGAAAAUUACAACUAUGACAACUGUUCAGAAAAAAUCUAUCCCUGUCAUACUCUCUGGAGAAGAUGUUUUAAUAAGAUCUCAAACAGGGUCUGGAAAAACGCUUGCAUAUGCUUUACCCAUCAUUGAAAGCUUGCAAGCUAUCAGACCAAAACUGACCAGAGAUUGUGGCACCAAAGCUCUUGUCAUUGUACCUACAAGAGAACUGGCUCUCCAAACAUAUGAAUGCUUCUUGAAAUUAAUAAAACCUUUCACAUGGAUUGUACCAGGCUAUUUGAUUGGUGGAGAGAAAAGAAAAGCUGAAAAAGCUAGAUUAAGAAAAGGUUGCAUUGUUUUAGUAGCAACACCAGGAAGGUUAUUAGAUCACAUUAGGCACACAAAAGCCCUAAGACUCGAUGGUAUAAAAUAUUUUGUUUUGGAUGAGGCAGACAGAAUGCUUGACAUGGGAUAUGAAAAAGACAUUUCUCAGAUCGUGACGGCUCUUGAAAACAUUCCAUCAGAAUUUAACAAUUAUGGCUAUGAUGCAUUAAAAAUGUUGAAAGAGCAUGUCAAAUCUGAUUCUAAUAGUCAUAUAAAAUAUGAAAACAAAGAAGAUGAAGAGAAAGCAGAUAAAAGUAGUCAGGAAGAUGAUACAGAAGACAAAUUUACCAACAAACGGCAGGACAAAAAUGAGAGCUAUGAUGCAUUACAGAUGUUGAGGCACCAUAUGAAAUCUGAUCUGAAAAAUGAACCUCAAAGUGAAAGACAUGACUCGUCUAAAGAAAGAAAAUCGUUUUCAAAGAAACAUUAUCCUGAUACUGAAAGUAAGCAAGAUGUUACAAAGAAUAAAAAAUUAGCCAAAAGCAAGAAAGAUACUUCUGACGAAGAUAAUAACGGAGCUGACAGCGAUAGUAAUUCAGUUACCAAAUCUAAAUUAAGUACCUCGGAAUCUUUAGAUACACCGAAAAAUAGCGCGGAAGAAACUGGUGAUGUUAAUGCGUUAAAAAAGCGAAACACUAUCUUGUUAUCUGCAACGUUGACUCAUGCAGUAGAAAAACUUGCCGGUCUGACAAUGAAAAAUCCUGUCUUCAUCGAUGCAGCCAAAGACAACAUUGAAGCCACCAGUGGCAAUAUGAGUGAAAUAAAUGAAGAUUUAAUCGUACCUCAAAGUGUCGUACAAAGUUACAUUGUAACACCACCAAAAUUAAGGAUGGUUACUCUGAGCGCCUUCAUUGCUGGAAAAUGCCAGAGUCAUGGAAACCACAAGAUCAUAGUUUUCAUGGCCACUCAGGACAUGAUCGACUACCACGCAGAGGUAUUGUCGGGCAUCUUGACGAAACCGAUAAACGAGGAGGACGAAGAUUCAGAUCCGCUGGUUGACGUUGAAUUUCACAAAUUGCACGGGAGCAUGACGCAAAAGGAAAGAACAGAAAUUUUUAAGGCUUUCAGACAGGCCAAGAGCGGCGUCCUUCUGUGCACGGACGUAGCGGCGCGCGGCCUUGACCUUCCGAGGGUCGACACAGUGGUCCAGUACACGGGGCCAACCUCGACCCGAGACUACGUGCACAGGAUCGGCCGGACGGCGAGGGCCGGCUCGUCGGGCUCGGCCACGAUAUUCCUGACGCCUCCGGAGGUGCAGUUCGUCCGGAUGCUCGAAGCGCGCAGGAUACGCAUCAAGCAGGAGGCCAUGGACGACGUGCUCUCCAAGCUACUGGUGCCUUUGUCGAGGCACAAUUCCGUACAAGCCGCGGCCAUCGCUUUGCAAAACGACUUCGAGAACCUCGUGCUGGAGAACAAGAAGAUUUACGGCAUGGCUUGCAAAGCCUACACGUCCUGGGUGCGCUUCUACUCGAGCUAUCCUCGCGAGAUGCGCGAAGUCUUCAACCGGAAGGACCUCCAUCUGGGUCACUACGCGAAGAGUUUCGCGCUGAGGGAUCCACCGCAAAAAAUCGGCGGAGCCGGCAAAGCCGCACAGGAUAAGGACGAGGCGCCCAGACAUCAGAACAGGCUGUCCAAUCAGAGGGCCGAGGAGAGGGCACAGAGUCGUAGUCCUGGACAGCAGCAGAAACAUCAGCAGGACAAAAGGAACGGUAUGCUGAAGAAGGUGCUCAUGCUCAACACCUCGGAGUACGACAGUGGACUCGAGCCCGUGAAUAAGAAGAAACGUAUACACACGUAGAUGUGUACAAUGGGUCGCUGCAUAUCUCUGAAUUUUUAUCAGCUUCUCUUUUUCUUUCAACACGCGUCGUUUCUUUUUUUUUUGUGACUAUAUUUUCUAUUGAAAUUCAGUACUCUUGAUUAGUACUGCUUAUUUUUAUGACUUGGUACACAUGUGUCUCGACAAUUGUUUUAUCUUGACAAUUUUUAGUUCGGGGUCCCACUCGUUUUACCGUUUAUAUACGAGCAAAGUGGUAAGUUUAUAAUGAUUCCGUUAGAGUGUGAGUAUCUCGAUGGAAAUAUGAUGGAACUCCACUCCACGAUUUGUACAUAUAAAUCUAUACAUUAUACAUGUACAGGUAAAUUAAUUUGUCGUAGAAAACUUCAAGUGUAAAUAUCAAAUGUAAAUAUACACCCU